AUCCCUGCGCUCGGUAAGAUUCGCUCUGGCUUGAUGCUCACUCGAGAGGGACGUAUACUGGGGCCGCUUCACGUUUUCCAUCAUGACAACACACGAUCUAACUUUUUGGUGCUGACCGAGCCGGAACGAGAGAAUAGAGAUAUUUACUGGCUUCGACGCGCUGCCGCUGAAAAGAAGCUCGAUGUACAAGUGAACUGCGUGUCAGAAUAUCUGGCGUCUAUAGCUCUUGUGGGUCCCAACAGCAGACAGAUACUCUCUGAGCUUACUAAGAGCGACGUAUCCGAAGAAGGUUUUCCGCAACAUUCCGUUGGCCAUAUUCGCAUAGGAACGAUAUCUAUUGUCUGCGUUCGUAGCUCGACAUCGACUGGGCAGCUGAGCUAUGAAUUGUUCCAUGACAGAGCUGAUUCUGCCAAGCUCUAUCAGGAAAUACUCGAUGUUGGUGCCCCUCAUGGCAUAGUGAACUUCGGUCAGGCUACAUGGAAUAUAAUGAGGCUUGAACAUGGCUAUAAAGUUUGGGGAAGGGAACUUACUUUGGACACGAACCCCUAUGAAUGUGGCCUUGAAGCGCUCGUUGACCUUAGCAAGGAUGACUUUAUCGGGAAGGAGGCAGCACUUGAACAAAGCAAAAUGAAGUUCGACCGCCGGCUUGCACUUCUCACUUUUGAUCCUGCUGAUAACCCUGAUAUUCAGUUGGAGUGGGAUCAUAUUCCUCGUGGUCAUGAAGUCAUUCGUCGCCAAGGACAUGAGGAGCGAAUAGGCCAGAUCACAUCAGCUUCAUAUAGUGUCCGACUGCGGAAGCCCAUCGCGUUUGCUUGGAUCGACAGUAACGUACAACCCGAUGAAAAGGUAGGCUGCAUUCACCAACCUUUUUUGGCAAUCAAGAGUUUCUUCUAUCCUUUUUUUAUCUCCUAA